AUGCUGGGAAAGAUUCAAGCUACAGGUUCAAAACUCUUUGCAAGAGGUGGAGUCAUCACGGGUAGAAUAAUGAACACCUCUAAUGUAUGGUUGACUAAAUCGAUCUAUUAUGGGAAGGUUGGCGCGGAGCUUUCCAAGGAAAUAUAUAGGAAAGAAGGUUUGACCCCGCCAAAUGUUGAUGAAUUUAAAAGUGUGUAUGCCAAACUACUUGGACUCGGAAAGGAAUAUUCUAAGAAACCAACUGAAUUAUUAAAUAUGGCGAAAUCAUUGAAGAAGAAUGACUUAUUGAAGUAUGGCUCAUACGGUGUACAGAUAUUAGGGUUCUUUAGCUUAGGGGAGGUAAUUGGGAGAAGAAAAUUAGUUGGUUACAAGCAUUAUUGA